AGGAGGCGGCGCGUGCCUCGCCUGCCAAAGCUGGAGCCGGCAUCCACGGUGCUCCCGGGCCGCACGGCCACAGCCGGCGGGCUCUCCGGGCGGGUCCUCCUGACCCUCCACCCCAGCUCUCCAUACUCGCCUCGAUCUCCGUCGGGAUAGUGGCGAAGGCAAGAAAGACAGUCUUCAGUGCCGCGCUGUCCCCGCCAGGGAAAGACAGCAAGUUGUGCUGCGCCCCGGACCCGCGAGGGACCGUGGCCGCCGCCCGGCCGGGGGCCGCCAUCAUCACUACAAAGUAUGAGAAGCUGAUCACAGUAAGACUGAAGAUCUGUUACAGCAAGUAGCUACAUACGCCUUGAAGAACUGUGGAUUACCUGGGUGUUUCUAGUGACCACACGCCUUCCUUCCUUCACACCUUCAGGACAGUCACCUUGGGUCCUCAUUGCACGGUCUGUUGGAAGAUGGCAUCCAGCCUGACGUGUACGGGAGUGAUCUGGGCGCUGCUUUCUUUCCUGUCCGCUGCUACUUCCUGUGUGGGUUUCUUCAUGCCUUACUGGCUCUGGGGAUCUCAGCUGGGCAAGCCUGUGUCCUUUGGCACAUUCCGGAGGUGCUCCUAUCCCGUACACGACGAGAGUCGGCAGAUGAUGGUGAUGGUGGAGGAGUGCGGGCGCUAUGCCUCCUUCCAGGGCAUCCCCAGCACCGAGUGGAGGAUCUGUACCAUAGUGACAGGCCUGGGCUGUGGCCUGCUGCUCCUGGUGGCUCUCACUGCCCUUAUGGGUUGCUGCGUGUCGGAGCUCAUCUCCAGGACAGUAGGAAGAGUGGCUGGGGGGAUCCAGUUCCUGGGGGGCUUGUUGAUUGGUGCUGGCUGUGCCCUCUACCCCUUGGGCUGGGACAGUGAGGAAGUCCGGCAGACUUGCGGCUACAUCUCUGGCCAGUUUGACUUGGGCAAGUGCGAAAUCGGCUGGGCCUACUACUGCACCGGGGCGGGCGCUGCCGCUGCCAUGCUGUUGUGUACAUGGCUGGCCUGCUUCUCGGGCAAGAAGCAAAAGCACUACCCCUACUGAGGCCACGAGGAGCAGGCUGAGGAGAGGACAGACCGCCGGAGACCGAAGGGCCCGAAGCAUCCAGUGACUUCCACGAAGGUGGAAUAGUGGUUGUGAACCCAGAACAGUGUUAAUGUAAUGAAAUUCGGUUGAACCUGGAACACUCUAUAGGAAGGGAGGGUGGUGGGGACAUUGUCAAAAGCAUGGAGGAUAUGGGACGGUGGAGGAAAAUGGACCAAAGGCUAAAAACAUUGCAGGGCAUUGGUGUUUCUAUUCCACAGAGUAUUGUUAAUGUAUAUCACAUACGCAGCAAAUAUAUAUAUGCAAAUGAGGAUCUCAUUUUUGUUCUCCUUCAAAAAAGAUGAGGACUAGGGGAGUCAAAAGGGCUAGUAGAAACAGUAUUGUCUUAGGAAGCAGGACGAGUACCCUGCAGACAUUCCCUGUAGAUGAGGACUGAGCCUGAUAGCACAUGAGCACGUGCACACAUAUGCAUAGGUCAUAGUCACAUGUCUCUCUCUCUCACACAUACACACACACACACAUACACACACACACGCCAUAUGCACAGGUCUUAUGCACAUGCCGUUGGCAUACAUCACACGCACAUGCCAUCACACCACUGCACAAGGGGUCAGCGGUGUACCAUUGUUCCUGUUUCCUUUUUUAAAAAAAUAUACAUCAGGGCAGCAUCAUCACUAAGCACACAUUAAGCCUAGUCCAUGGACCAGUAUGCCACUCUAUCAGUAUUUUUGAUAUCCUACAUAAACUCUUCAUGCCUACAGCGUAUAUCAUUAAUGUUUAUGCAGAUCUUUAGAGGAAGGCCUUCAUAUUUCAAUGUUAUUCAAAGACACACAGUAGUGAUCUGACUAGCGUCUGCUGUAAUAACCUUACGAAGAACAGGACAGCUUUUGUCUACUAUAGGUGAGAAUUCAGUUGCAGAUCUGAGAGUGAAGAGAGCUCUUUCUCCAGUUAUUGGAUCUUGUUUUCUUUUGUCCACUAUUCUACUGUGCUAUAUACCAUGUUUAUUUCAAUACUCAUUUUGUAAAGGGAAAAAAAAGUACUAUUUUGUUUGUAUUUGAAAAGCUCUGUGAAUAAAUUCUCUUUGAUCAAUA